CAGAACGUCCCGCCGCUUGACCUCUUGGCUUCACUAUUGCCCAUAGUCAAGCCAAGUUUGUCUUGUCACAGCCGAUAUCAGAGCCAGCAGUCCAACCGUCCGCCCGUCGCUCAUCGCCAACCGGACGGCUUGCUACGCCCGCGCUUCCUGCUCUUCCCAGCGCUCCGUUCACCCCCGCAGCACCUGCAUCGUGUCCGCCUACGUCUACUCUAUGUGGCUCAACAGUCGUGAUCUCACGGGCGACGAUGAUGGCUCCUCUACGCGCGACGGUAUGUGGGGCUUCGCUGGCUCGAGUCCACCUCCGUCGCACGGCGCUAUCGGCGCCUCAGGCUCGCGCGCGCUCUGGAACCGCAUGGAACCAGCUGAAGAAGAGCGAGAAGAAGAAGCUCUGCCCUCGUACUUAUCGUAUCUUCAACCGGCGUUCCGUCCAGCGCCCACGACGGCCAGUAUGACUACGCACGCGCCACCUACGCAACCGGUAACAACCAUGUACGGUACCAAGCGCGGCGCGCCGGGGCUGCCUGCGCCCUCCCCACCGACGCAGGAACCCGCGACUGCCUCUCGUGCUGUUGGACAAGUGGCGCGUAAGAGUUCCGAGCUCGCACAGGCGCUGGAGCACCUGGUGCUGGGCACGGUGCACCGGCAUCUCGGCGACAGCCCGAUGCCGGAUAAUCAGUCAAGAUGCAGAUGCAACUGCGAUGCCAUGAGGACGCAGAUGCAAGAGAUGGCUAUACAGGUACAGGCUCUGCAGAAUCAGGUGCUGGAGCUGACGAAGAACUCGAUCCCGACAGCAAUUGAGGUCGGCAGAGUGAACGUCAAGGCGGCCGGCAAUAGCAACGGCAACUGGAGCGCCAACGCACCGCCGUUCGUGCCCAAACAGUACAAGAACUCAGCGCCGCCACCGCCUACCCCACCGGCCUCGGUGGACCAGGCGACGGCCACAGUGCUGAGUGACAGGAUCUCGACUUUGGAGGGUAGACAGAGCGCGUUCCAGUCGCAACUGGCGCAGAUCGCUAAGGUGCUGGGCAUCCCGACCGGGAAGCCUGGGAAGCACAGUCCAGUAAAGCAUCUGGUACAGACGCUGCGCGACGAAGUGGACGCCAAGGUGCAGCAGGCGACGGCGGACCUGACAGCAGAGAUCAACGCUGCACUUGGGGCGUCCGCAGACGGGAAUAAGAACGCGCUGUCGUCUAAUGCGGUUCUUGCCGCUCUUGCAGGUGAACAUGAGGCUUCAUUGGCGCGUUUGAGCGGGUCGUUUGAGCAGCUUCUGGCAGAGGAGGCUCGACAGCGAGCAGCACUGGAAGCUCGUGUGCGAUCACAGUUAAGUCAACAGGAAGAAUGGCUACAACAACUUGAAGGCGCGUUCGGGUCUCCUCAUGACCCCGAGCACGAACAGGAACCGCGAAACAAAGACACACAUGACGUUAACGCAAAACUGGCAGCACUGGAGCGGAAAUGCGACGAGAGUCGAGAACUCUGCAAGCGGCUGGCACGGUUACUACCACGACCCGACACAUCAAGACCAAGGCGAGGAGAAGAGGAGGAACAGGACGGAGUGAGCUGGCCUGGACACAUGGUAGGCAGAGGAUAGGACGGGUUUAACGAAUGACAUGCUGUAUUUUGCGUUAGAGUUCGAGUUACGGUGUGUGUGCAUACCGUAUUUAUGCUGGAGCUGCGCGUUGCUGGAGUUGUUUACCUUUGUGCUGCAUCAACAACGACGCGGUUCGAGCGAGGUUCUGCAUCAUCGCGUACUGGCAGCGUGUGAGUUCUGGAUGGGGCUUCAUGUCAGCGCAGCAGAGUGAGCCGACUGCAAUUUGGUCACGCCCGUCCUGUGUCGGAGCCGUAACGGAGAAGCCG